CACUAAAUCCACGAAAGUCAGGAAUACUUUGCAAAAAACAUAACUUCCCUCGCGUUUUUUCUAUACUGCGUCUGUGCUCUUCCGCCUCUACUUCUUUUCUCAUUCCCUGUUUCUCCUAUGCUCCGGCGUCGCUACACCUCUUCACCUCCAUCAACACCAUCGGAAUUCUUGUACCUUAAAGGCGUGAACGACAUAUUAUUACUUACACAGGUCAAAAGUGAAAAGGGAAAGGAAAAUGCAAAGUUAAACAAAUGUCGCCAUCACUUAGGCCAAGAUAGUUAUCAAAGGACCCGGAAAAAAUGGAGGAAGCAAAAUAAACUUGAAAAGAGACUCCCCACCAUAUCAGAAUCAUCAACGGACGUUUUUGAGCAGAGUACCAUCUCAACCAAUUCUGAUUUCAAUAAACGCUCUCUGGAGUGGCUUUUAGCGCAUGAAAAGCCACAACCAGAAACGUGGGCUAUUGACCCCAAAGAUACAGAGAGUAUUCACAUUGCUAAGCUAGUUAUGGAGAAUUUGCAAAAAUAGGCCAAAGAUAAAGAGGAAGGGGUAUAUAAACCAUUAGAGCGGGGUGUUGAUGCCCUUACCAUGGCUCUUGGGAAAAAGGACCACCGUGGAUUUGUCAAGGGACUUGGUGGGUGUGAGAUUGGUGUAGGCUAUAAGCAAGCAUUUGGGCCGGUAUAUCGGAAGGCUAAAAAGACGACCCAUAGUGGUAGUUCACCAGAUGAGUUAGAAGAGAUGAAAGCUGGCCUAACUCUAGAAUUUGAAGCAACACUAGAAGAGAAGGUGCAAGAAAGAGUUCAGGAGGUUUUUGAUUCAUUUUUGCACGGUAGGGCCAGUGGUAUUGAAGAACAUAUGACCAGCUCUAAAAAAUCCAAGCAACGAUCUUCAGGAGGAUCCACAAAGCUUGUCAAUUCCAGUAAAAAAAAACCUCGGUUGGUAGAGGAGUACAGGGUAAGGGAUGCAUCGUAUAAUGAUGAAGAAAUCAACAAGGUUCGAGAACAAUGGGCUAAGUUUUUUAGAACAACUUAUUUAUUGAAAGAAUAAACUUUUUUAGUGACAAUAAUUGUGAUGAUUAUUUUUAGAGAGGUAUAAUCGCAUCUUAUGUUCAUAGGCGUAGGAACUUCUAUCUACAUUCAUUUAUAUUGUCCAAGAAAAUAGAACAUUUAUUGAUAAUAUUUCCCUGUCUGAUUAUUGAAAUUUUGAUGAUAAUCUUAAGUUAGUUUUGUUGUCCUUGUGAAA